GAGGGGGAGAAGGAGGAGGGGGGUGACUGAGCGCCACUUGCACUCUCACACACAAACGCUACCCAGGCUUGCCAACCCGCUAACGCCGCGCUGCGCGCCUUUCUGCUCCUCGCGGCCCCCCUACAUUGUUCUCUCAGGACUCCCGGGUCCUCAGGAAUUGGGCCUGAGUUGGGGCAGGGAGUGAUUUGGCUUUGGCCGAAGGGUCAGAGGUUUGGAGCCAGGCCCCCCGCCCCGAGCUCCCCUCCCCCACGGCACUUUGGGGGUGUGGAUUAUCUCAUCCUGUCCGGGAGGUGGGAGCGGGCGCCGGCUGCCCGCCUCCUGCCCCCUCCCGGCGCGCUGGCCCGCGGCAGCCCCGCAGUAUGAGGUGGUGCUGGCGGUUCGGGGCAGUGGCGCGGCCGCUGCGGCGGCGGCUGCUCGGGGGGCGCUGAGGGAGCCCCCCAGAGUGGCGCAGCGGACGCGCUUCUUCCCGGCGCUCCCAGGCCUCCAAGCUUAUUCUCCAGCCGAGAGGACGCGGCUGUGAUACGAAGAUUUUGUGUGGACAGUAAUGACCUCACGUUUCCGAUUGCCUGCUGGCAGAACCUACAAUGUACGAGCAUCAGAGUUGGCCAGAGACAGACAGCAUACAGAGGUGGUUUGCAACAUCUUUCUUCUGGAUAACACUGUCCAAGCUUUCAAUAUUAAUAAACAUGAUCAGGGGCAAGUUCUGUUGGAUAUAGUCUUUAGGCAUCUUGAUUUGACUGAGCGAGACUAUUUUAGUUUGCAGUUGGCUGAUGAUUCCACAGAUAACCCAAGGUGGCUAGAUCCAAAUAAACCAAUAAGGAAGCAGCUAAAGAUACUACUUUUAUUAAUUCUAGGAGGAUCUCCUUACAGUUUGAACUUUAGAGUCAAAUUUUUUGUAAGUGACCCCAACAAGUUGCAAGAAGAGUAUACAAGGUACCAGUAUUUUUUGCAAAUAAAACAAGACAUUCUUACUGGAAGAUUGCCCUGUCCUUAUAAUACUGCUGCCCUUUUAGCUUCAUUUGCUGUUCAGUCUGAACUUGGAGACUACAAUCAGUCAGAAAACUUGCCAGGCUACCUCUCAGAUUAUUCUUUCAUUCCUAAUCAACCUCAAGAUUUUGAAAAAGAAAUUGCAAAAUUACAUCAGCAGCAUAAAGGCUUAUCUCCUGCAGAAGCAGAAUUUAAUUACCUAAAUACAGCACGUACCUUAGAACUCUAUGGAGUUGAAUUCCACUGUGCAAGGGAUCAAAGUAACAAUGAAAUUACAAUUGGAGUGAUGUCAGGAGGAAUUCUGAUAUAUAACAACAGGGUACGAAUGAAUACCUUUCCAUGGUUGAAGAUUGUAAAAAUUUCUUUUAAGUGCAAACAGUUUUUUAUUCAACUUAGAAAAGAAUUGCAUGAAUCUAGAGAAACAUUGUUGGGAUUUAAUAUGGUGAAUUACAGAGCAUGUAAAAACUUGUGGAAAGCAUGUGUAGAACAUCACACAUUCUUCCGUUUGGACAGACCACUUCCACCUCAAAAGAAUUUUUUUGCACAUUAUUUUACAUUAGGUUCAAAAUUCCGGUACUGUGGGAGAACUGAAGUCCAAUCAGUUCAGUAUGGCAAAGAAAAGGCAAAUAAAGACAGAGUAUUUGCAAGAUCCCCAAGUAAGCCAUUGGCACGGAAAUUAAUGGAUUGGGAAGUAGUAAGCAGAAAUUCAGUAUCUGAUGACAGGUUAGAAACACAAAGCCUUCCAUCACGGUCUCCACCUGGAACUCCUAAUCAUCGAAAUUCUACAUUCACACAAGAGGGAACUCGGUUACGACCAUGUUCCGUUGGUCAUUUGGUAGACCAUGUGGUUCACACUUCCCCAGGUGAAGUUUUUGUGAAUCAGAGAUCUCCAUCAUCAACACAAGCUAAUAGCAUCGUUCUGGAAUCAUCACCAUCACAGGAGACUCCUGAAGAUGGACAGCCUCCAGCUUUACCACCCAAACAAUCUAAAAAAACCAGUUGGAACCAAAUUCAUUAUUCCCAGUCUCAGCAAGAUCUGGAAAACCAUACUAAUGAAACAUUUGAUGUUCCGUCUUCACCUGAAAAGUCUACUCCUAAUGGUGGUAUUCUACAUGAUAAUCUUGUUCUAAUCAGAAUGAAACCUGAUGAAAAUGGAAGAUUUGGAUUCAAUGUAAAGGGAGGAUAUGAUCAGAAGAUGCCUGUAAUUGUGUCCCGAGUGGCACCAGGAACACCUGCUGACCUCUGUGUCCCUCGACUGAAUGAAGGGGACCAAGUUGUACUGAUCAACGGUUGGGACAUUGCAGAACAUACCCAUGAUCAAGUUGUCCUUUUUAUCAAAGCUAGCUGUGAGAGACAUUCUGGGGAACUUGUGCUUCUAGUUCGACCUAAUGCUGUAUAUGAUGUAGUGGAAGAAAAGCUAGAAAAUGAGCCAGACUUUCAGUACAUUCCUGAGAAAGCCCCACAAGACAGCGUCCAUCAAGAUGACCAUUCCUUGAGGGAAUCAAUGAUCCAGCUAGCUGAGGGGCUUAUUACUGGAACAGUUCUGGCACAGUUUGAUCAACUAUAUCGGAAAAAACCUGGAAUGACAAUGUCUUGUGCCAAAUUACCUCAGAAUAUUUCCAAAAAUAGAUACAGAGAUAUUUCGCCUUAUGAUGCUACACGGGUCAUUUUAAAAGGUAAUGAAGACUACAUCAAUGCAAACUAUAUAAAUAUGGAAAUUCCUUCUUCAAGUAUUAUUAAUCAGUACAUUGCUUGUCAAGGGCCAUUACCGCAUACUUGCACAGAUUUUUGGCAGAUGACUUGGGAACAAGGCUCCUCUGUGGUUGUAAUGUUGACCACACAAGUUGAACGUGGUAGAGUUAAAUGUCACCAGUACUGGCCAGAACCCAGGGGAAGUUCAUCCUAUGGAUGUUACCAAGUCACCUGCCACUCCGAAGAAGGAAACUCUGCUUAUAUCUUCAGGAAGAUGACACUAUUUAACCAAGAGAAAAAUGAAAGUCGUCAACUCACUCAGAUCCAGUACGUAGCCUGGCCUGACCAUGGAGUCCCUGAUGAUUCAAGUGACUUUUUGAACUUUGUGUGUCAUGUACGAAAUAAGAGGGCUGGAAAAGAAGAACCUGUUGUUGUUCAUUGCAGUGCUGGAAUUGGAAGAACUGGGGUUCUUAUUACUAUGGAAACAGCCAUGUGUCUCAUUGAAUGCAAUCAGCCAGUUUAUCCCCUAGACAUUGUAAGAACCAUGAGAGAUCAACGAGCCAUGAUGAUCCAAACACCUAGUCAAUACAGAUUUGUAUGUGAAGCUAUUUUGAAAGUUUAUGAAGAAGGCUUUGUUAAACCCUUAACACCAUCAUAAAAUAAAUAAGAAAACAAAAGUUCUGGGAUAUGUGUUGGAAAACUACUUCUCAUUAUAUUUACUGUGCCAUGACACUGCUCACAGGAAAUGGCAUCUCAAAAAAAAAAAGAACUCACAAAAACUUUGAAAAACUUCAGCACUGUUGCACUUUAUUGUUUAAAAAUGUCACUCUUUCAAAAUCUAUAAUUCAUGUGUUUGAAGACUAUUUCAUGCUUUGCUCCGAACAAAUAGUGAAUAACUGAGUAUGUUCAGGGUAAUUUAUGAAAUUUUGUGGUGGUGCCAUGCAGUCCCCUUCUGGUAGAAUUGCCACAAACAAGGCUCAGAAUUCUCAUCUCUGGUGUACACCUGUAUCUUGAAAGCAAAAAGAAGUAAACAUCACAAGUCAGCUCUGGUCUUUUUUGGUGGUUUAUGUACCUACUAAUACUGAUUACCAGAUUUUAUUUUUAAAAUUUUAGCAAUAUCAUUCUCCAUAUUAGCCAAUACACUGCCUAUGGAUGCAGCACAUCUUUCCCUACAACCCUGCCCCCCGAGUAGAGACCUGCUGUUCAGAAGAAGAAAGGUGGAAUUUGUUACUAUUCCCAGGAAAUGCUGCAUAUUGUCCAUUUACCAGCAUCUUAUAGAAAGUAAAAUAUGAAUCUACAAAUUUUCUUGGAUUUAAUAAUAUAAUUUAUAUUUAUCUUAUGGUUGGCUUAUUCCAAAUCAUGUGAUUUCACAUACUUGAUGUAAAAGAAUGCAUGCAUUGUCUUAACCCCUUAAGUGCCUUGAGAUCUCAUUGUAUGUCUAAUGAAAAGGCACUCAUUUGACCCCACUAGGAGGUGUGUAUGUAUAUUGUACAUUCUGACAUUUUUAUGCAUUUUGAAUAAGUUCACAUUUUUAAAAAAACAGCUUCUUGUAUUGAGAGUUAUGCAGUGAAAAAAGGGUAAAGAAAUUCUGUUUCUUACUCAGUACUUAAUAUUUUGCUAUAAGAAGCAGAGUUAAAAUUGUGUUCUACUGAGUUCAUGUCCUGCUGUUAUGGAAUUGUUCAAAAUCCAAACAUUCCUUUACUGAGGGACAGGGGUUACAGUUUAGCAGCUCAGCUUAUUCUUCAAGUUUCAUAUUUAUUUUAUUUCUAACUUUAGAAAUGGCGUGUAACAUGUAUGUUCAAGACAAAUAUUGAUACUCUAAGCUAAAGUUAGAGAACAAUUAAAUAGUUGUGAUUUAUUCCUAUCCAUAACUAAAGUAUUGCUCUUCAGUACUCAGUUAAUACCAAGCUUUUUCUGCACUAGUCUUUGGUUGGGUUUCUUCAAACAAGGAAUUAAAUAUUAUUGACUGAUUUCUAAGUGUGACCCCUCAAAAACAAAAAUGAGCGUUUUCUUAUUAUUUUUGUGUACAUUUAAAUUACUCUAGCUUAUAUAUACUUUUUAAGUUAUAAGCAUGUUGGUAAGGAGACUUUUGAUUGUCCAGCUUGAGAGGAUCUGAGUCCCAUCAAGGAUGAGUAUAUUUUUGACAAGUUUUUCUGUUUUUAAGUCUAGUGAGAUAGAACUUUAAAUUGUCCAGUUUAAUAUAAGUGAACAUUUGCCCACCUACUCAAUCAUUAUUUUACAUAAUUAUUUGAUUUUUGUUUGGGGUUUUGUUGUUUUGGUGUAAUUUUUUUGUUUUGUUUUGCUUUUUGAGACAGAGUCUCCCUAUGUAGUUCAGGCUGGCCUUGAACUCACUAGAUAGCCCAGGCUGCCAUUGAAUUUAUGGCAGUUCUACUGCCUCAGCCUCCUGAGAGCUGGGAUUACAGGCAUGUGUCAAUCAUCCCCAGCUUCUUACAUGAUUAUUUUAUAUGGAUAUGGUUAAAAUUGAUACGAUUUAAAAAUCUUUAGUAAACCUAGAUGAUGUCAUUUCACCUCUUAAAAAUCCACAAUAAUAAAUUCUAGAAAGUUAAGCUCCUAACAUUAACACCCAAGAUAUCAAAUAAAUUGUCAUAUUAAAAUAUUUUGUCUAUUUUAAAAGAGAGAAACAUAACCUUUAUGUCAAAGAGAAAUUCUCUUACAUAUUUCCUGAUUUCAUACUCAAGACAAUGUAAGAUAAUAAAUUAACUGUAGUCUUACUUUAUUUAACAUUCCAUUCUCUACCAACAUUAAUUUAGGCCGAUGUAACACUAUUACAAAUUAAAAGUGAAAAAGAAAAACCAUGUUUAGGGUCUGAAUAUUUAAAAACUUUUGACAGUUGUUUUGGCCUAAAUUUAAAAAAUAAAAUCUGUCAGUUUUGACUAUGGACAGAAUAUGACACAAUAAGUAAAAAAGGUAACAGUUGUGUAGACAUAAAAGAUGAUUGUCUUUAAUUUAGGGGUUUUGUUUAUACUUCUGAGGUUGAGUGUAAUUGUUGGCAAUGAGUGCAGCUCCCUUUUUAAUCAUUAACCCCCAUCUUGAAAUGACAAUAUAUUUGAAAUAUAGAAUUACAUUCAAAUUUCUCAUGCACGAAUUUUUCAUCUGGAAGGUACCCUGUAUCAGUAUUUUCAUGUACAGAAAAAGAUCCUUUUAUAAAGGCAUAUUUAUCAGGAUCUCACUUAAAUUUAAAAUGAAUUAUCUUUCAGAACUCCUUAAAAUGAAUAUGCUAAUUAAGCUUCUCUGUCAAGCAGAUAAAACUUUAUCCAUUAAACCUAAGAAUUUUUUAACUUGCUUACUAAUCUAAAUAGGUUUCUAGAAAUAAUGCUAGCUUUCAUAAACCCAGUAGUUCUAGACUCCAUCCACAAGGUAAUACUGAUUGAUAAAAAUGCCAAAUUUCUCGUAUGUAAACUACUGCCCCAAUUCCUCUAGUCACAGCUGCCCCCAUGCGCCCAUAUACUCAAAGUGGAAAUAAUUAUUUGUGAAUCAGGAGGCUUUUAUAAAUGCUAAGGAGUGUUAAUGAAAAACUACUUCCCUCUCUGAUUUAGGGUAGUUUUUCUGUGUUCAUUUCAAGCAUUUUAUUGAGUAUUUGAUUUGUAUCAGCACUGUGUACAUAGGAUGAAGAAUAUUUUGGAAUAGGCUUUGCAUUCUCAAGAACUGGUUGUAUUUGUUAAACCAGUGCGUCCGUUUCUAAUCAAAGCCAAGUAAACAGCCUAAGAAAAUUUUCCUUUAUGUAGCCUGCCAAGACAAGAAGGGAAAAGUUUUCUAAUUUUCAAUCUAAUGUUCUUUUUAUUAUACUAGAACUUCAGUGAAUUGUAGCCCAUGUGAAUAUCAAAUUCUUGUAAAUUUGUUUAUUUGAACUUGAGAAGUUGCUCAGGCAGUGUUUUCAUUUCAUAACUAUGACAACUUUAGGAGAUGUCACUUAAGUUAGAAAAUAAAUAGGUUUCCAAAAUGAUCCUAAUUAGGACCCUAACUCCAUUUUGCUAGUUAUGCUUCCCUGAGAGAAAGCAUAAGCUUUUGUUAAGUAGUUAGGCUAAUACGUAUGCUGUGGGAAAACACCCUGAACUGCAAGUGAAGACUUAAUUUUUAAAAGCAUUUAAAACAGAACUAAGAUUUAGAACAUACAUCCUCAUAAUUAAAUAAUUUAUAUUCAUAAGUGAACUAAUAGAAUUAAAGCAUUACUUGUUUUAUACUCUUAUCAGGAAGGAGAAGAAACAUGAAUUUAUAACAGUGCGCUAUUAUCUAUUUUGAAUGUUUUAAAUAUUGUGAUGGUAAGGUUGCCAAAGUAGUUUUGAAUUUGUAAAAAUUAUUUAUACCACAAUAAUGUGGAUAUGUUUACAGAUUCUUUUCUAGCAGUUAUUUUAUAGUUUGUUAAUUUGAAUUUAAAUCACUUAUAGUAAAUACAUUAUGGUAAAUAUUUGUUGGGACAAACAUCUAAAUGACAAGACAUAGAUAAAUGAUGCCACCACAUGCUUUUCUAUAAGCUGCCACAUUAGUAAAAUACAUACUUUAUUUUAAUACUGCUUACUUCCCACAUUUGUUUCAGCUAGCCACAAUUUCUGGAACCAUUUGUUGUGUCUUCCUCCAAAUGAAAUAGCUAUUUUAUUCUGUUACAUGUAAUUAAUAUAACAAAUACUGGAAUUAGUGAUCUGUGGGACGUAUUUAUUGGUGUCUGAAUGUGAUUACUACACAAGUUAUACCACCUACUUUAUAAAAUUGUUAGAGAAUUGUAUAGAUUCAAGGGAAUUUAUAUAAUCCUAAAACAUUUUUGAGAAAAAAUUGCUAAUAGAUAAUUUAGGCAAUUUUAACAGCCCAAGAAAUUAAUCCCUAAAUCAUAUGUUUUGGGUUCUUUUAACACACUUACAACUAUUAACAUAAUUUCUAUUGCAUGUAGACUUCAUUUAUUCUCAGUAGCAAUUAUAAUAAUGUCUUUUAAUAUUAUCAGAAAAAAAACAGCAACCCCUAUUUUGCCAAAAAUGCAGAGUCUUGGUAAAUUUGUUUUAGGUAGAUACUAAAAUGUUUAUGUUUCCAUAUAUAUCUUUGCUGCUAUCUUAUUUUUAUGUUUUUCUACUGUAGAAUACUGUUGAUUCUGAAGUUUUUAUUUUGGUCAUGCAGGCUAAAUGGGCAGCUAGAAAUAAUAUCUGCUGGGGUAUAGUCCAGCAGCAUUGGUUAGACAUGGUUCAAUGCAUACAUAAGUAAACCAUCUUUUUCUUUAAUUUAUAUAAUGAAAGUUACUACCAGUAUUGCAAGUUAAAGACUGCAAUUUUAUGGAAGAGUUCAAACAUUUAAUUUCCUGAAACCUUUUAAAAUUUCUGCUACAAGAAUGAAAAUGUUUGAAAGCCUUGUUACAUUCAUCAAAGUUUCAGUUAAACACUGUGGAGUUUUCCUGUCGUUCUGUAAAUGAUAAAAUAUUUUUCUAUGGACAAAAGAUUGAAACUGUCAAUUCUUUAAUUUCAUUGUUUAAAGGGAUAAAAUGAUAUUUGUAUGUUUUUCAUGCUAUAGAGAAAAUGAAUGUAUCUUUCAAAUGUUAGAAUUAUGACUUGAUUUUAAGGAUACUCUUACAGGUUGAGAAAGUCUGCAAAGCAUUGGAAAAAAGAAAGGAAAGAAUAUGUCAUUACACAAAAUGCAAUUUUAAAAAAUAAUUUUUAUAUAAACAAGAGUAAUCAUUAUUGAAGCAUUCAAGUAUAAUGUGCAUUCUUUGUCAUAUUCUUUUGCUUUGGCUCAAGAUUAGAAAGUUUCCAGAAAAUUUUGCACAUACUGUUUUUAAGUGUAAAAUAUUUAAAUUCUAGACUUCUAGGGUGUGGAAGAAUGUUUGUGUGUGAGGAUAAACAUGCUGCUGUUAUGUAUCUACUAGGGAGGAAAGUUCCCAAGCUUUGUCACUGUGGCAGCAUUGUUGUGAGAACUUGACUUUGGUGAAGCCAGAAAACUGUGCCUAAGAUUCACUGCAGUAAUGUGUCCAGAAGCCUCUGAUAUGAUAAAUGGUUUUGCCCUUUUAUUAUCAUGUCAUAGAUGCAUAAGGCCACUGAACCCAACUCAGACUUGUAGCAGUGGUGCUUUCUGUGCUUAAAAGUUUAUUAAUUCAGCUGAACAAAAAAACCUUUUUAAACUAACCUCUACAGACAUGAUGAAAUUGUUUAGUAGUUCUGUUAAAAGGUAGUAGUAUUUAGUAAAUCAUUCAUUAAACGUGAUUUAAUUGGGACUUGCUAUGUUGACACCUAUAUCCAACUCUCCCAACUUUUUCAAAAUCACUAAUUUAACUCUCAUAUGAAGUAAAUACCCUGAACAACUAAAUGAUAUCUUUCUUCAUUAACUUUUGCUACAGCUAUUAGGAAAUUUAGUGUCAGAUUCCCUCAACCCUUGGAAUUUCCAAAUUUUACCAUAAAAUUAUAACCAGGAAGCCACUAAGAAGGAGAUAGCCCUGCUCAGUCCUUAGGCCCAAACAGUUGGUGAUUCAUGGUUUCUCCAUAUCCACUGUAGUCACAAUUGAGACUAUUUUACCUUUUAUCAGAUGAAGCAUUUUGGUUUCUACUCUUGAAUUUUAAUGUCCCAGUUACUUGCUUUUCUGGACAAGAAAAUUUCAUUCCAGUCCUAUGAUUCCUUGGUACCCAUCUUGUCUUAACCUUAAGUGAGUUGGCAAGAUUAUUUGAUUUUUUUAAUUCUGUAGAAUAGUUCAAAUCUCAGUGCUAAGACUGGUUUAUUGAAUUUCAAAUAGUAGCACUUUAUUUCAUGCUUACUACUGACUUAAUUUAUACAUUUAAAAAUAUAAUUAUCCUAGAAGUUUUGUAAAUACAGAAGAAAUUUGAUUAGUAUUGGAGCUCGUUAGAUUGGACCCAAGUUUAAAUACUUCACAUGAUCUCUUCAUAGCUUAUUUGAUAUAUAAAAGGUAAGUUGUACGAUUUUAGCUUUGCCACCUUUCUGUAACUUACAUAGUAUAAUAAAGGCCAUCCAGUUGAUUGUGUUGCUAGAUUCUGAGUUGUCUCAGCUAGUUUCAACCAAGUUUGGUUUACUAUAACCAUUUCUGCUUUGCAUCUUGUGUAUGUUAAGUGAAUACUUGGAAACCUGUUUUCAUUGUAAUACCUAGGAGUUAAAUAGAUACUUAUCAUCAGUAAGUUUGAGGGGACAGAAGUUCUGACAGUUUAUAUAUGUGACAAAGGGCAAGACAUAAGAGGCUAAAACAGUUUACAUUGAGCUGUUUUCAUUUUCUGCCAGUAGAAUAUAUCUGCUUUAAAAAAUAAAACUGCCCAACCCCGUGUUCUCUAGCAUCGGAACAUUACAAUUAUGAUCUAUUGUAAUCUUAUCAAAUAAGAAAAGCUAGUCAUUUUCUACAGUGUAGGUUUAAUUUUAGGACUGAUAGCUUACUGUGUACUCAUCAAUAUUUUUAAACAAAUUUUGAAAAUAAUUAUUUCUAUGUAGAGGAUAUUUUAAUUUGGGAUUAUUUUCUUGUAAUAGGUGCUAUAUGUAAAUAUGAAGGGGAAAUUUGCUUAGUUAAAAGUCUAGUUUACUUCCUGAUUAAAAUAUUUUACAUUUCUGUUGCCAUUUGAUGUUUCUACUGAGCUAAUAGCAAGAUGGAAUUAGUCUCUUAAUUUUUUUAGACUACCUUUUCUCAUUUCAACAAAAAAUAUCUUUUUCACUAUUUCAUUCUCAUAAUUAAGCGAAGAAGCUAAGGGUUAACUUAAAAUCUGUAAGCUUGAAUUUGGUCAACACUGGAUACUUUGAGAUUCUUACUAUGCAUUUGUCACUGCAGCUUACUGUGUGCUUGAAAGGCCUUGUGAAUUUGUCUUACUUUCAGUGAAAAAACUAGAAUUCCUGCCAUUCAUGUUUCUUUUUAAAGAUCUACAAAUACCAAAAGCAAACAGGAUAAAAAUACUAGUUUGAAUUGAAACUGUUUUAGUCCUAAAAGCAAUUUAUACUAUGUGAAAUACUAUUACACAUAUAUUAUUGGCAGUAUUUCAUUUUGAGAAAAGUAGUUGUUCAGGUACAAACGUGAUAAAAACUAGCUGUGACUCUUAAUGUUCAAUUGCAAAAUAAAGAUGUACUUUAGUAAUCUAAAGUGUAGGAGUUUUUCAAGAUUAUUUUAUGGGGGGCUGGGGAUUUAGCUCAGUGGAUCCGUUGCCUGCCUCGAAAGUACAAGGUCCCGAGUUCAAUCCCCAGUGCCAAAAAAAAAAAAAAAAAGAUUAUUUUAUGGGAGUUUUUUGUUGGGCUUUUCUAACUUAUGUAAUCACUUAAGAAGUAUGGGGAGAAUGAUAAGCAGGAAAUUGAUUUCAGGAUUACUGGUUUGCAUACUGGUUGUAUCUGAAUGAAGGGAGUGAGUAGGAAUUAAAAGGGAUUUAGAAAAUUACAAUAUGUCUGAAGAGAAUCUCCUGCAUUGUGGCCACUAGCCAUUGUUGAUUCCUCUCUUCUCCCAACACCAGUACUUUUAUUCUACUAACACUUAUGUAAGACCUUGUCACUCAGAAAAUCUGUGUCUAUAGGUCUGAGAUCAGCCUGAUCACAUCUUCCCCAAGGUGCAAUCAAGUAUGCCAUUUUAUCUGAAAGAAAAUAAUCACUUAGGUAACUAGGACAAAAAUAAAGAUUUAUGACUAUUCUAUGUCUCUGUUCUUAAUGGAUAUAAUAAAAAUCCAUUAUGAGAAAGCCAGACCUGGUAGUGCACACUUGUAAUCUCAGCCACUCAGGAGGCUGAGGCAAGAGGCUUUUACCCAGGAGUUCAAAAGUUCAAGGCCAGCUUGGACAACAUAACAAGAUCCCAUCUCAGAAAAAGAAAAAACCCUUGUAAAAUCCGGAAUGAUUUGUAACAGCCUCUUCCCCCAUGCCCUAUCCCUAAGAAAAACCCCCUCAAAUCAAUGGCAGCCUCUUCAAUUCCUUGUUCUUUGGAAGGAGGGCAUGUUUUUCAGUAUUUGCAUAUACAUAUACAUUUUGUUAAUGCCAGCAAGGUUAAACAGUAUGUUCAGCAACUUGCUUUUUCACCUUGAAAUAUUUCCAUAUCAGCAUAUUUAGGUCUUCAUUCUUUUAGAUCAUUGCCUAGUACUCCAUCAUAUGAAUAUACCAUAACAAUUUUGUGAUAGAUGCUCAGUUUAUUUCCAGUUUGGGUCAUACAAACAAUGCUGCUAUGAUGAUCCUUACGCAGAUUUUGUUAGUCAUUGCUGUAUGUGUAUAAGAUAAAUUUCUAGCAGGAGGAUUGCUAGAUCAUACAGCACCUGCUUUUUUACAUAUCAAUAAAUACUGUGUAAUUUUUCUUGCAGACAAUUAUUCCAGUUUAUGUUCCAGCCAAAGCAAAAAACUCUCCACAUUCUUAAUCAUAACUGUUACCAAACUUCAUUUACUUGCUCAUCUCAUAGAUGAAAUGUUUUGACACUCAUUUCUUGUGUGUAAAGAUUAAGUAGCUCUUCAUAUCUUUAUUGGUCCCUUGUAUUUUUUUGUCUUACAUCCAUAGCAGUAUCUGUUGUUCACUUUUUAAUAUAAAAUGAUGUAACAUUUUACACUUACGAGAUGUUGGAAAUUAAAGACACUAGUCAUUUGAUAGUCA